AUGGCAGGUGCAUUAGGUCCCCAUGGUUUCCCUCAACCAGGAAGAGGUUACGUCUUUGUGAGUAAAUUAUUAGGAGCGUCAAUGUUAUUCUGGAUGUUAUAUCGUGGAAAAAAAGACGGACCUGUACUUUUGGGUUUAAGACAUCCCUGGGAACAUCAUGGACAUCAUGAAAACGAACACCAUUAA